AUGAAUCCCGUAGAGAGCUCAAAAAAUUACGAGCAAGCAAUACCACGAGUGAAACAUGGGGCGGCCUUGUGCAACACAUUCAGUUGUCUGGAAACAUCACCAACGAGUGAUCCAGCUGGGUUUCAGAUAACGGCCUCCAGGUUUACUCCGUUGAAUGCAAUCAUUUUGGUUCAGGAUGGGGUCAGUAUUGGUAACUGUAAGGGCCGAGGCCACAAAUUGGAUGACACUGUGUCUGACAGUCCAGAGAAUACCAAACUGAUCAUGUCGAUCGCUAGCGAUCUGGGAAUCGGUGAAAAGGCAGUGGGGAUGCGAUUUGUUGUCAAAUAG